AUGAAAAACAACAGUGAUGAAUGCCCACAAUAUUGGUUAACUAUGCUACUCCAAUCUGAAGAACCUGACUGUUAUUUGAAUGAAGCAUUUUCUGCAUUCAGUGGUUCGAGCUCUGAUCAUGGAACAAUGCCAUCGAUGGCCACUAAAAAGAGUGUUGAUUCGGAGAGAAAUAGAAGAAAGAAUCUCAACGACAGGCUCCACGCAUUAAGAUCAGCUGUACCCAAAAUUACAAAGAUGAAUAAAGAAUCGAUAAUCAAAGAUGCCAUUGAUUAUAUUCAAAAAUUACAAGAAGAAGAGAGAACAGUUCAAGCAGAAAUAUCAGAUUUGGAAUCUGCAGGGACAUCAUCAACUAGUAAAAUUAUUGGGUUUGAUCAUCAAGAGGAAAACUUUUAUUCAAACCCGAAGAAAAUAAGAACCGAAAAUUUCCAUGAUUCUGGAGGAUCAAGUUCAUUUCCCAUUGAAGUUCUCGAGGUAGGCUAAUCAAUUUAUCUUCGUUUUUAUCAUAGCA